AGUGCUCUAGUCCUGACGGAGCACAGAGGAGCCGUUAGCUUGAUUUAUAAAGCUCUGCUGACAGAACAGAUCAUCUUUUUUUAAAGUGGUUGUAUUCUUGAAAGCAUGAUAAUGGCCAGGCAUUCACCUCCCUGGAGGUUUGUUGUAACAGCAUAAUAUAACACAGAUCCAGGUAUCUGCUCUCGUUUGGCUAGGGCGUAGUGGACAUUAUCAUGAUUUGCUGGUCUCUUUAGGCCAGAGUGUUUUCACCGGUAAACACCAGUGUGUUCUCCUGUGUUGGCAGCACAGGAUGUUUCAUAGGAAUAGAACACUGUGUAAGCUAUUGCAAUUUUGGGGAACAAACUAGAGAAGUUUAUUUAGUCCGUUUUUUAGAUUUGCUUGUGGCUCGGCCAUUUUUUUGUGUGCUGUUGGAGUCGGUCAUGUAACAUUCCACUUCCCUUGUUUAUACCAUCUCAUAAAGAAUUUUUUUUUUCUCCAUUGAGACUAAAUUUGUUACUAAAAUUGAUGUGGUUUCACCAAUAUGGUAUUUUCUACAGUAUCUCCCAAAUUGUUUAAUGGAAAGAAGUAAUAAAUUCAGGUAACUGCUGAAGAAGUCUUUAGGGGCACUGACCGCGUUGAUUACUUCUGUCUUACACAAAUUGAAUUUGCUCCUUCCAUCUUAUUCUGUCUGACUUCUCUCUGGGGACAGACAUCUGUUGUCUGGAAUUAAACUAGACCUUUAAUUCACUCUGCUACUGUGAAGGUUCCGGCCUUAAACUGUCUUAAGGCCUCCGAUGACUGAUUAUUUGCCUGAAGAAUCUCAGUAAAUAAUGCCAUUCUAAAACCAAUUUUCUCAGGCCCUGCCAUCCGCUAUAACCCUGAAUACUUGGGCAGAAGGAAAUCAGCUGAACCCAAAGAAGGUGGUCGUACACCUCCAGAACUGAAUGCUUAUUUUCCACUUCUGUAUCUCGAAGCCUUCCACUCUUUACCUGUCUAGCAGAAGUGCAUACUUCUUUUUUGGCUGAAGAAAGAGGCCUGUUGGCAGCAUGUUUUCAGAGGUCUAAUCCAUAUGAAGAAGGCAAACUAACCAAGACCUGCGCAACAAAUCACGUGGCAUCACCCCCAGCCAAUCAGCAGCCAGCCGGAUAGCCAACCAGGCACAGCAGUAUCCAGCUCCCAGCAUGCACCUCAGUAACAGCAACCCAUCUAUGAUGGCGGAGGAGGCAACACGAGGCGUCGCCGUGGAGAAGUUUGACAGUGUGAAGAAGUGGGGCAUUAACACAUACAAAUGUACGAAGCAGAUGUUUUCGGAGCGUUUCGGGCGGGGUUCGCGCACGGUGGACCUGGAGCUGGAGACUCAGAUUGACCUGCUGCGCGACACCAAGAGCAAGUAUGAGAGCGUGCUGCGCCUAGCCAGCUCCCUCACCAGCCACUUCUACAACAUGGUGCAAACCCAGCAGGCCCUGGGGGACAUCUUUGCUGACCUCAGCCAGAAGUCACCUGAGCUGCAGGACGAGUUUGGGUACAACGCCGAGACCCAGAAGCUGCUUUGCAAGAAUGGCGAAACCUUGCUGGGCGCCAUCAACUUCUUUGUGUCCAGCGUGAACACGCUGGUAAACAAGACCAUGGAAGACACGCUGAUGACCAUCAAGAUGUAUGAGAAUGCCAGGCUGGAGUUUGAUGCCUACCGGGCGGACCUGGAGGAGCUGGGCGCGGGGCCCCGUGACGCGGGCACCAUGGUGCGGAUCGAAAUGGCUCAGCAGCAGUACCAGGUCCAAAGAGAGAAGUACGAGCGGCUGCGCAGCGACGUCUCCAUCAAACUCAAGUUCCUCGAGGAGAAUAAGGUGAAGGUGAUGCAUAAGCAGCUGCUUCUCUUCCACAACGCCAUCUCGGCCUACUUUGCAGGCAACCAGCAGCAGCUGGAACAGACACUCAGACAAUUCAACGUCAAGCUCAAACCCCCUGGCUCAGACAAGCCAUCCUGGCUGGAGGAACAGUGACCUUACACCCCCCCCCCCACCACCAUCCGACCAAAACAAGAGAAACGCAACGAAAAAUGAUCUUUCUUACAGUGGACACACACAUGCACACACAGACACACACAGACACAUGCACACACAGAUGAGAGAGACUGAUGGAGGAAUGGACAGAUUGAUGAACAGAUGGGCAGAAGGUUACAUAAGUGGACAGAAGAAGAAGAUGAAGAUGUAAGGAAUAUGCCAGGAGGAGGAAGAGGCAUGUACUGUAUAUAACUAGUGUCAAAAGAGGGGCCAGUGACAACACGCAAUAUUGUGGCGGGGGUUCUCUCCCUUCCCCCAUCGCUUUUUCCUUUUCAUUUUGUUGUCUUUUUUUUUUCUUUUUUUCUUUUCACCCUUAUAUCUGUGUUUUUUUGGAAGCCUUUCUUUCGUUCCAGAUUUAAGUUGAAUUGUCAAUACUACAGUUUUCACUCCAUGUUGUAGUUACACAGAAGGUCCUUAAACCAUAGGAAUGUUUUGUACUGUGGAAUGGAUGAAUGAAUGUCACUUGUCAUUUUGGAGAAAGUGUCAGUGAAUGGAAUCAGUAAGAGUCACUUUAUAGUUAUGUCAAUGUUGAUUAAGAUUAUGUUGUACUGUAUAUUAGAUCAUAGUUUGCAGGUUCAUACUUGGAGACAUGUUAGUGACUACACUUAUGUUAUCAGUGCAACAUUAUUAUGCUGGGGAAGAACAAGGGAAAAGGAAAGAAAAUAUAACCAGAUUUAUAUAUGGAAGUUAUUUAUGAAUUAAUCAGACCUAAUUGUCACUUUUAUUUAUUUUCAUGUUAUUUUUGCGUUCAACAUUAUAACCAUGCUUAUAUUGCUUAUCGUAGUUGUAAUUUUUUUUUAUUUUGUUUUUCAGACGUAUCAUUUAUGCAAUGAUAACAGAACCAGGAUGUUGUUAUAGUAUAUAGAGUUACUGUAGUACGCACCUUACAUUCUUUACAUUGUGUGCUAUGCACACAGCUAUGUGAUGAUGGUUCAUUUCAAUGCAGUAUCUCUGGCAGUUAUUUAAAACUCACUCCAUAUCGUCUA